AUACCUCACCGCGACAAUGACCGGAAGAAAGCUGAGGAGAAAGAAAUACAGAACGCCAAUCGCUCCUCCGCAUCUCCUGCAUCGACCUCACCCUCGCUGAGAGCUGACAACUUCAACUGCAGUCAGAGCACAAUGGACCAGACUGCAAAUUUACUCAAAUGCCAAUGUGAACCAUAUGAGAGCUCUUCAAGUCACCAGAAGGUUGUAGAAAGUGCUGACUACCUACAACUGACAUCAGCCAGUUAUGUGGAUAGCAAAACAUGUGACUACUCCCUCUCCGUCACUGGACAGCCAAUCGUGAUACGACUUCGUCUAAGAGGCGUGGCGUUUGUCUUGGUUGCUACGCUGGUUGUCGUAGCUGUGGCUGUGGGCGUGUCAAAGAUCAGAGCAAAACCCACACUUCAUGUUACUUUCCCUGCUUCUACUGCCACAA